CUUCCUUGGUAACCCACAUUGAAACAGAUCGCUUCUGUGUGUUUUGAGUUACUGCGCCUUUUCUAAAGGUGAAUAAAUAACGAUCAAGGGGGCAUUUUUGUUUGCUUUUAUUGCUUUCUUAUAAGACGUUCAUAAAAAAACACAGCCAUGAAGAUCGAGGAAGUCAAAAGUACCACGAAAACCCAGCGCAUCGCGUCUCACAGCCAUGUGAAAGGACUCGGGCUGGACGAGGCCGGGAACGCAAAGCAAAAUGCGUCAGGUCUUGUCGGACAGGAGACCGCAAGAGAGGUAGGAAAACCAGCAAGCUAUAUGCCAAGCUAACUUUUAGCCACUGUUUUUAAGAAAUCACGUUACUUUGAAUGGCAUUUUUCUUUGAUUUAUUCUUUAUUAUUAUAUUUCUCAUUUUCAAUAAAACAACUACCAACUGGGCUUGGUAUGUUCUUUAAAAAUAAUAAUAAUAAUCUGUCAACAGGCUUGUGGUAUUAUUGUGGAACUGAUCCGCUCAAAGAAGAUGUCGGGAAGGGCAGUUUUACUUGCUGGACCCCCCGGUACAGGAAAGGUAGACAAAAUGUUACUGCAGUACUUAAAUGAUACACCGAAGUCUUAAUUGUGAAAUGUCUGAUAUGCUUACUGUGUCUCCUGGCCUCCACAGUAGUAGAAAGAAUACAAGACUUGAGAGACUUUGACCAACCCUACUUUGCUCCAUCUCUUUCCCCCCUGCAGACCGCCCUGGCUUUGGCUAUGGCACAGGAGCUCGGCAACAAGGUGCCCUUCUGCCCCAUGGUGGGCAGUGAGGUCUACUCUUCUGAGAUCAAGAAAACAGAAGUGCUGAUGGAGAACUUCAGGAGGGCCAUAGGUGAGGGGCCACACACAAACACAGGGCCACUGGGAAUGGAUCACACACACACUAGUGCUGAGCGAGUUGUGCUUUUUGAGGUAGUUUUGGUUAGAUUAUAAAAAAACUUAUCCCGGUUUUUGAUUUCGUUUUCAAUUUUUAUUUUUUUAUUUUAAAGCUGCAAUAUGUCACCUUUUGGGCGACCCGACUAAAUGCACAUAGUAAUGUGUUAUAGUCCUAUCAUUCUCAUUGAAAGCAAGUCUAAGAAGCGGUAGAUCUAUUCUAUGUGCGCUAUUUCUAUGCUUCCCGUUCUUAAGUUUUGUUUUUGUGUCUUACUUUUACUGAAAAUACAACAUUGUUGGUUAUUGAAAAUACAUUUCACAGCGGUUUAGAUGGUACGAUGAUUCUCUACACUAUACAUUGCUUGUUUUGUCACAUAAAGGCGGGCUAUUAUAAUUUUAGCAACCAGGAAAUGGCGUUGCGAUUUCUGCAUAUUGCACCUUUAAAUUCAUUAUAUGGGUUAAAUGCUGUAACAACACAGAAUAAAACAAUUAAUAAAAGUCCCAUGAUGGUAGUGACUGCCCAUUACUGCUAAUCACUUAUUAACCAUCAUUUAUUCACAUUACUUUAAUAAAAUAUUAUUAUUACGUUUGUUUUAUUUGAUGACUUUAUUAUUUAAUUCCAAGUCAUCAUAUAAUCUCUAUAGAGCUGCUGUCUGACAAAGUCACUAUUUUAGUAGUUAAUCAAAGUAAGUAAGCCAUACUUUAAUUACUGCAGAAUACCAACUAACAAUGACUUAGAUCAUGUAUUUUGAGGCAGAGAUACCUCGAAGUAACUGCUCUCUAGCCCUCUCGGUUAUGCAUUCUUCUCUCUUUUACGUAGCAGGCGUAAAAGAAACACAGACCAGACAAGUAGACGCGCAAUGGAUUAUGGUCAUUGUAGUUAAUUACCACGUUUAAUGUGUGAAACUAUACUGAACAAAAUAUAAAUGCAACAUACAACAAUUUCAAGAUUUUACUGAGUUAUAGUUCAUAUAAGGAAAUCAGUCACUUGAAAUAAAUAAAUUAGGCCCUAAUCUAUGGAUUUCACAUGACUGGGCAGGGGCCCAGCCAAUCAGAAUGAGUUUUUCCCCACAAAUGGGCUUUAUUACAGACAUAAAUACUCUUCAGUUUCAUCAGCUGUCCGGGUGAAAUCCCGCAGGUGAAGAAGCCGGAUGUGGAGGUCCUGGGCUGGCGUGGUUACACGUGGUCUGUGGUAUUUAGUCUGGUUGGACGUACUGCCAAAUUCUCUAAAACGACGUUGGAGGCGGUUUAUGGUAGAGAAAUAAACAUACAAUUAUCUGACAAAGCUCUGGUGGACAUUCCUGCAGUCAGCAUGCCAAUUGCACGCUCCCUCAAAACUUGAGACAUCUGUGGCAUUGUGUUGUGUGACAAAACUGCACAUUUUAGAGUGGCUUUUUAUUGUCCCCAGCACAAGGUACACCUGUGUAACGAUCAUGCUGUUUAAUCAGCUUCUCGAUAUGUCACACCUAUCAGGUGGAUGGAUUAUUUUGGCAAAGGAGAAAUGCUCACUAACAGGGAUGUAAACAAAUUUCUGCACAACAUUUGAGAUAAAUAAGCUUUUUGUGCAUAUGGAACAUCUCUGGGAUCUUUUAUUUCAGCUCAUGUCACAUGGGACUUUACAUGUUGCGUUUAUAUUUUUGUUCAGUAUAUGUAGAAUAUUGGCCUGUUGGAAAUUACAAUUCCCUACUACAUCGCACAGUUUGGGCUUGAUCUGAUUUAUCUCGAGAAACUGCGCAAUGAGCCCACAGAAAAACAAAAACAAAAUGGAAUUAAAAUAAUUGAACCGACGUCGGUCAAUUAGUUGUUUAAAAAACAGACAAACAAAAAAAUGUGGUUGAUCGCUCAGCACUAACACACGCUCAUAAGCUUGGGUCAAUUGGAGACCAGAUAAAGCUGCACCCUUCAUUCACCUGCUGCACCACCAUCAGAAUAGACUCCAGAACCAGGUGUUCUCCUCCACACUCCUCCUACUGGGCUGAGAAGCAGGACAAGGGGAGGGUAUCAGUGUGGCUGUUGACACUGGGGAGGAAGGCCUUGGAGAGGGAUUGGGGGAAGGGGUUUGUUGGAGUGUUGACAUUACCUGUCACAGAGAAGGAAAUGGAGCGUGGGUUGAGAGCGGAGUGGUGGUCCGCACCCUCACCCCUCCCCAGGACAGAACACACAAGCAUUACGAUGGAGGAAAAGGGCGUGGUACAUUCUGAGCCUGUCGACACCCCCCUGAUAAGAGCACUCUGACAGACGGCCUCUCCCUCAGAAGUGUGUCUCUCACUCCCAGCCCCCCCGCCACUCACACACCGAGAGGCUGUAUGCAGGAGGAACAAGGGCUACAGUGUGAUCACAUUACACCGAGAGAGGACCAUGCACUGUACACACACUCACACACACACUGUCUCACAUUCUCCAAUAAAUUAUCCGCCAGGUAGACCAAAGGAUGUGGCGGUUUUAUUGAUUCAAGAGAAUAAAGGCUUUACAUAGUUCAUUCAGUGUGUGUGACCCUGACCCUGUUCUCCCUCCUCCAGGGCUGCGUAUUAAGGAGACCAAGGAGGUGUAUGAGGGGGAGGUUACAGAGCUGACCCCCUGUGAGACGGAGAACCCCAUGGGUGGUUACGGGAAGACCAUCAGUCACGUCAUCAUCGGACUGAAGACCGGCAAGGGCACCAAGCAGCUCAAGGUCAGGCACGAGUCAGAGGCUAGACCAGUCCAUAUAGGAGUUGCCCAUGUGUCUCACUGUCUGUGUCUCUGUGUUGUUUGUUUAGCUGGACCCCAGUAUUUAUGAGAGCCUGCAGAAGGAGCGUGUGGAAGUGGGAGAUGUCAUCUACAUUGAAGCAAACAGUGGCGCCGUCAAAGUAUCAGUACACUUCCACUUAUUACAGUACACUUCUAUACAAACACUCGCUUUGAAAAGGCUCCCAUACACAAAUUACACAUUUGCAAUGGCUCAAACAUUUAAGUCCAAAGUAAUUGUACACAUACUAUACAAAGUAGUAAGUAGAUAAACUAACAAACAAGUACACAAACUAAGAAUACACAACAAAAAAAACGACACUAAAAGAACACAGUGCGCCUUCCUCCUGGCCCAGUUUCAUCUCUCUACUGUAGGCAUUCCUACAUCUCUUCAUUGCCCCCAGAUUUUAUUCCCCCUAUCUCUCCAUCUCUCCUCCGCUCCCUCUGUUCUGGUGGAAGGGCCUCAUGGCUUAGUUUGACGCGUGUUGACGGCUUCUUUAAAUCAGUGCAGGUGGGCCGAGGGUGUAGGUGGGCUGGGGGGGCUGAGGGUGUAGGUGGGCCGAGGGUGCAGGUGGGCCGAGGGUGCAGGUGGGCUGGGGGGGCAGGUGGGCUGGGGGGGCCGAGGGUGUAGGUGGGCUGGGGGGGCAGGUGGGCUGGGGGGGCCGAGGGUGUAGGUGGGCUGGGGGGGCCGAGGGUGUAGGUGGGCUGGGGGGGCAGGUGGGCUGGGGGGGCCGAGGGUGUAGGUGGGCUGGGGGGGCCGAGGGUGUAGGUGGGCAGGUGAGGGAGGGAGGGAUGGUCCUUAUAUUUGAUGCUGUUGACAGCCCCCGGAGGACCCUCCCUGACUCUUACUCUUUCAUCCCCCCACCUCUUUCAUGCCCUCCUUGAGUUGGCAUGGAGUCAUACACCUGCUCUCCCUCCUCCUCCCAUCCCUUCUUUUUGUUCCCCUAUGAAGUGAUUGGCCUAGUUUCAGCCACCUGACCACCUCUGAUGGGAUUGGCCUAGUUUCAGCCACCUGACCACCUCUGAUGGGAUUGGGUUAAUAUUUGAUGCCUGUGUUCUGUGUUGAACCGUUCCUUCCAUGUGUCUGUGUGGGGUGUGGUCAGAGACAAGGUCGGUGUGACACAUUUGCCACAGAGUUUGACCUGGAGGCUGAGGAGUACGUGCCGCUGCCUAAGGGGGACGUCCACAAGAAGAAAGAGAUCAUCCAAGACGUCACACUACAUGACCUGGAUAUUGCCAACGCUAGACCACAGGUACACACACACACAGUCUCCCCUAGACCCUGAUUCAAGUGAAUAUGAGACUGCACUGUAGAUAUACACUUAGAAAAUAUAUAUGCAGUGAGGUUACUCUCCUCGCAGGGAGGUCAAGAUAUCCUGUCUAUGAUGGGACAACUGAUGAAGCCCAAGAAGACAGAGAUCACAGGUAAGACCUGAAGCAUGUAGCCUAACAUUUUAAAACCCACAACCCUAGUUAUAUCCUUGGAGUAAUAGCAGGUUGUACUUUCAAAAUCCUAACCCCUCCCCCCAAUAAACAUCACUCAAAAGAACCCCACCCUUUCUGCUCUGUCCUUGCCUUUUGAUUGGCUCCCUUGCCUGAUCCCUGGCUCUUCAUUGGCCCUUCCUGCUGUCCAUUAGACAAGCUGCGAGCUGAGAUCAACAAGGUAGUAAACCGCUACAUUGACCAGGGUGUGGCUGAGCUGGUCCCCGGGGUGCUGUUUGUGGACGAGGUGCACAUGCUGGACAUCGAGUGUUUCACCUACCUCCACCGAGCCCUGGAGAGCACCAUCGCACCCAUCGUAGUGUUCGCCUCCAAUAGGGGCAACUGCCUCAUUAGGUGGGUGGGUGUGCUAAUGUGCAUGCAGGGGAUUGCCUCUCCCAGUCAGUUUGAAUGUGAGUUACUGUGACUGUCUGUUUUGGAAGCUAUAAAAAUAAAUAAAGUUGCACACUCUACAGCUGCACCAUCGAGAGCAUCCUGACUGGUUGCAUCACCGCCUGGUAUGGCAACUGCUUGGCCUCCGACCGCAAGGCACUACAGAGGGUAGUGCGUACGGCCCAGUACAUCACUGGGGCCAAGCUUCCUGCCAUCCAGGACCUCUAUACCAGGCGGUGUCAGAGGAAGGCCCUCAAAAUUGUCAAAGACUCCAGCCACCCUAGUCAUAGACUGUUCUCUCUGCUACCGCACGGCAAGCGGUACCGGAGUGCCAAGUCUAGGUCCAAAAGACUUCUCAACAGCUUCUACCCCCAAGCCAUAAGACUCCUGAACAGCUAAUCAUGGCUACCCGGACUAUUUGCACUGCCCCCCCACCCCCCACCCCAUAUUUUUACGCUGCUGCUACUCUGUUUAAUUAUUUAUGCAUAGUCACUAUAACUCUACCCACAUGUACAUAUUACUUCAACUACCUCAACUAGCCGGUGCCCCCGCUCAUUGACUCUGCACCGGUACCCCCGUGUAUAUAUAGCCUCCCUACUGUUAUUUUACUUUACGUGUUUUAUUUUUUCAACACUUUUUUGUUGUUUUAUUUUACUUUUUUUUUUUUUUUUUUUAUAAAUGCACUGUUGGUUAAGGGCUGUAAGUAAGCAUUUCACUGUAAUGUCUGCACCUGUUGUAUUCGGCGCAUGUGGCCAAUAAAAUUUGAUUUGAAACAUUUUAAUGGUUAUAGCAACCUAUUACUCUGUUUACUAGCCUUUCUGUUGUGUGGUUGGUUGGUUAUCAGGGGGACAGAGGACAUCAGCUCUCCCCAUGGCAUUCCUCUGGACCUGCUGGACAGAGUCAUGAUCAUCCGCACCAUGCUCUACACACCACAGGAGAUGAAGCAGGUGUGUGUGUGUGUGUUAUCACAUCUGAGAUGGCAUUCCUACAUAUGAAGUGUGUGUGUGAGUGAUGGUAUGUUAAUAUAUUAAGUAUGUGGUCACUGUGGCGUGAUGCUGAGAGCGUGUGUGUUCUCUGUAGAUCAUUAAGAUUCGUGCUCAGACUGAGGGGAUCAACAUCAGUGAGGAGGCACUCAGUCACCUGGGAGAGAUCGGAACCAAGACCACACUCCGGUAACACUCACCAGUCGGUUACUCUGUGCACACACUCCAUUGUCUCUAGUGCAGGGGUCUCCAACAGGUAGAUCACUAGCUACCAGUAGCUCGCAGCCCACCUAUGAGUAGCUCGCCAAAUAAUUCAGAAAAUACUGUUUUGCUUGUCAGCAAUCAAGUUUUCAAGAUAUGUAACUUUCAAAAUACAGAAAUCAUCCCCGUAUGCAUCAUAUGGGGAUGAUUUCUGUAUUUUGAAAGUUACAUACAGUAUCGUAAACUUGAUUGCUGACAAGCAAAACAAUUUGAGACUAUGUCAACAAUGGACUAAUGAAACAAACAACAAAAUAUCGUUUUUGGGUGGAGUUUUCCUUUAAUAAGUGGACUUUGCUCUUCACUCAUGUACAGUUGAAGUCGGAAGUUUACAUACACUUAGGUUGGAGUCAUUAAAACUCGUUUUUCAACAACUCCACAAAUUUCUUGUUAACAUACUAUAGUUUUGGCAAGUCGGUUAGGACAUCUACUUUGUGCAUGACACAAGAAAUUUUUCCAACAAUUGUUUACAGAGAUUAUUUCACUUAUAAUUCACUGUAUCACAAUUCCAGUGGGUCAGAAAUUUACGUACACUAAGUUGACUGUGCCUUUUAAACAGCUUGGAAAAUUCCAGAAAAUGAUGUCAUGGCUUUAGAAGCUUCUGCUAGGCUAAUUUACAACAUUUGAGUCAAUUGGAGGUGUACCUGUGGAUGUAUUUCAAGGCCUACCUUCACACGCAGUGCCUCUUUGCUUGACAUCAUGGGUAAAUCAAAAGAAAUCAGCCAAGACCUCAGAAAACAAUUGUAGACCUCCACAAGUCUGGUUCAUCCUUGGGAGCAAUUUCCAAACGCCUGAAGGUACCACAUUCAUCUGUACAAACAAUGGUACGCAAGUAUAAACACCAUGGGACCACGCAUCCGUCAUACCGCUCAGGAAGGAGACGCGUUCUGUCUCCUAGAGAUGAACGUACUUUGGUGCGAAAAGUGCAAAUCAAUCCCAGAAGAACAGCAAAGGACCUUGUGAAGAUGCUGGAGGAAACAGGUACAAAAGUAUCUAUAUCCACAGUAAAACGAGUCCUAUAUCGACAUAACUUGAAAGGCCGCUCAGCAAGGAAGAAGCCACGUUUCCAAAACCGUCAUAAAAAAGCCAGACUACGGUUUGCAACUGCACAUGGGGACAAAGAUCUUACUUUUUGGAGAAAUGUCCUCUGGUAUGAUGAAACAAAAAUAGAACUGUUUGGCCAUAAUGACCAUCUUUAUGUUUGAAGGAAAAAGGGGGUACUUGCAAGCCGAAGAACACCAUCCCAACCGUGAAGCACGGGGGUGGCAGCAUCAUGCUGUGGGGGUGCUUUGCUGCAGGAGGGUCUGGUGCACUUCACAAAAUAGAUGGCAUCAUGAGGAAGGAAAAUUAUGUGGAUAUAUUGAAGCAACAUCUCAAGACAUCAGUCAGGAAGUUAAAGCUUGGUCGCAAAUGGGUCUUUCAAGUGGACAAUGACCCCAAGGAUACUUCCAAAGUUGUGGCAAAAUGGCUUAAGGACAACAAAGUCAAGGUAUUGGAGUGGCCAUCACAAAGCCCUGACCUCAAUCCUAUAGAAAAUGUGUGGGCAGAACUGAAAAAGCAUGUGCGUGCAAGGAGGCCUACAAACCUGACUCAGUUACACCAUCUCUGUCAGGAGGAAUGGGCCAAAAUUCACCCAACGUAUUGUGGGAAGCUUGUGGAAGGCUACCCAACAUGUUUGACCCAAGUUAACCAAUUUAAAGGCAAUGCUACCAAAUACUAAUUGACUGUAUGUAAACUUCUGACCCACUGGGAAUGUGAUGAAAGAAAUAAAAGCUGAAAUAAAUCAUUCUCUAUACUAUUAUUCUGACAUUUCACAUUCGUAAAACAUGUGUAUUCUGUCUCCCGAGUGGCGCAGUGGUCUAAGGCUAGCUGUGCCACUAGAGAUCCUGGUUCGAAUCCAGGCUCUGCUGUAGCCGGCCGCAACCGGGAGACCAAUGGGGCGGCGCACAAUUGGCCCAGCGUCGUCCAGGGUAGGGGAGGGAAUGGCCGGCAGGGAGGUAGCUCAGUUGGUAGAGCAUGGCGUUUGCAACGCCAGGGUUGUGGGUUCGAUUCCCACGGGGGGCCAGUAUGAAAAAAAUUAAAAUUUAAAAAUACAAAUAAAAUAAAACAAAUAAGAAUAAUGUAUGCACUAACUGUAAGUCGCUCUGGAUAAGAGCGUCUGCUAAAUGACGUAAAUGUAAAAUAAAGUGGUGAUCCUAACUGACCUAAGACAGGGAAUUUUUACUAGGAUUAAAUGUCAGGAAUUGUGAAAAACGGAAUUUAAAUGUAUUUGGCUAAGGUGUAUGUAAACUUCCGACUUCAACUGUAGUAGCCUGUCCUUCUUACCAAAUGCCUGUGACAUGUCUGAUAAUCAAUCAAUGUGAUUUUGUUUCACUGAAUCUCCAUCUGUAUAUUUGGUUAAUUGAUCUCUGGCUGGGCAAGUGGAGGUGGUAGCUCAUUUAUACUCAUCCAUCACUGAUCAGAAACAUUUAGCAUGCAACAAUGUCAAAUCUAAUUUUAUUGGUCACGUACACAUAUUUAGCAGAUGUUAUUGCAGGUGUAGCGUAAUGCUUGUGUUCUUAGCUCCAACAGUGCAGUAAUAUCUAACAAUACACACAAAUCUAAAAAGUAAAAUAAUAUAAUUAAGAAAUAUAGAAAUGUUAGGACAAGCAAUGUCAGAGUCCGGCGUAUAAAUAUAUGUAUGAUGGGAUGUAUAGACAUUGAUAGAAUAUAUAUAGUAUAUCUGAAGAAUACGUGGAUAGAAUAGUAUAUGUACAGCAAUAGUUAAGUAGGAUGGCCUUGACUAGAAUACAGUAUAUACAUAUGAAAUGGGUAAAACAGUAUGUAAACAUUAUUAACGUGACCAGUGUUCCAUGUUAUGUACAUAGGGCAGCAGCCUCUAAGGUGCAGGGUUGAGUAACCGGGUGACAGCUGGCUAGUAACAGUGACUAAGGUUCAGGGCAGGGUACUGGGCGGAGGCUGGCUAGUGGUGACUAUUUAACAGUCUGAUGGCCUGGAGAUAGAAGCUGUUUUUCAGUCUUUCUGUCCCAGCUUUGAUGCACCUGUACUGAUCUCACCUUCUGGAGGUCAGUACAGGUGUGGACAGGCCAUGGUGGCUGAGGUCCUCUUCUUGGCCUUCCUGUGACAUCGGGUGCUGUAGAUGUCCUAGAGGGCAGGCAGUGUGCCACCGGUGAUGCUUUGGGCAGACCGCACCACCCUCUGGAGAGCCCUGCGGUUGCGGACGGUGCAGUUGCCGUAUCAGGUGGUGAUACAGCCUGACAGGAUGCUCUCAAUGAUGCAUCUAUCUAUAAAAGUUUGAGGGUCUUAGGGGCCAAGCAGAAUUUCUUCAGCCUCCUGAGGUUGAAGAGGCGCUGUUGCGCCUUCACCACACUGUCUGUGUGGGUGGACCAUUUCAGAUUGUCAGUGAUGUAGCCUAAAUCAUGUGGAUUAUUUUGCUCUUGACUCACCAUAUAGUAGCCUUAUACACUGCUCAAAAAAAUAAAGGGAACACUAAAAUAACACAUCCUAGAUCUGAAUGAAUGAAAUAAUCUUAUUAAAUAUUUUUUUCUUUACAUAGUUGAAUGUGCUGACAACAAAAUCACACAAAGUAUCAAUGGAAAUCAAAUUUAUCAACCCAUGGAUGUCUGGAUUUGGAGUCACCCUCAAAAUUAAAGUGGAAAACCACACUACAGGCUGAUCCAACUUUGAUGUAAUGUCCUUAAAACAAGUCAAAAUGAGGCUCAGUAGUGUGUGUGGCCUCCACGUGCCUGUAUGACCUCCCUACAACGCCUGGGCAUGCUCCUGAUGAGGUGGCGGAUGGUCUCCUGAGGGAUCUCCUCCCAGACCUGGACUAAAGCAUCCGCCAACUCCUGGACAGUCUGUGGUGCAACGUGGCGUUGGUGGAUGGAGCGAGACAUGAUGUCCCAGAUAUGCUCAAUUGGAUUCAGGUCUGGGGAACGGGCGGGCCAGUCCAUAGCAUCAAUGCCUUCCUCUUGCAGGAACUGCUGACACACUCCAGCCACAUGAGGUCUAGCAUUGUCUUGCAUUAGGAGGAACCCAGGGCCAACCGCACCAGCAUAUGGUCUCACAAGGGGUCUGAGGAUCUCAUCUCGGUACCUAAUGGCAGUCAGGCUACCUCUGGCGAGCACAUGGAGGGCUGAAAGAAAUGCCACCCCACACCAUGACUGACCCACCGCCAAAUCGGUCAUGCUGGAGGAUGUUGCAGGCAGCAGAACGUUCUCCGCGGCGUCUCCAGACUCUGUCACAUGUGCUCAGUGUGAACCUGCUUUCAUCUGUGAAGAGCACAGGGCGCCAGUGGCGAAUUUGCCAAUCUUGGUGUUCUCUGGCAAAUGCCAAACGUCCUGCACGGUGUUGGGCUGUAAGCACAACCCCCACCUGUGGACGUCGGGCCCUCAUACCACCCUCAUGGAGUCUGUUUCUGACCGUUUGAGCAGACACAUGCACAUUUGUGGCCUGCUGGAGGUCAUUUUGCAGGGCUCUGGCAGUGCUCCUCCUUGCACAAAGGCGGAGGUAGCGGUCCUGCUUCUGGGUUGUUGCCCUCCUACGGCCUCCUCCACGUCUCCUGAUGUACUGGCCUGUCUCCUGGUAGCGCCUCCAUGCUCUGGACACUACGCUGACAGAUAGCAAACCUUCUUGCCACAGCUCGCAUUGAUGUGCCAUCCUGGAUGAGCUGCACUACCUGAGCCACUUGUGUGGGUUGUAGACUCCGUCUCAUGCUACCACUAGAGUGAAAGCACCGCCAGCAUUCAAAAGUGACCAAAACAUCAGCCAGGAAGCAUAGGAACUGAGAAGUGGUCGGUGGUCACCACCUGCAAAACGAGUCCUUUAUUGGGGGUGUCUUGCUAAUUGCCUAUAAUUUCCACCUGUUGUCUAUUCCAUUUGCACAACAGCAUGUGACAUUUAUUGUCAAUCAGUGUUGCUUCCUAAGUGGACAGUUUGAUUUCACAGAAGUGUGAUUGACUUGAAGUUACAUUGUGUUGUUUAAUUGUUCCCUUUAUUUUUUUGAGCAGUGUAUAAUCUAUCCACCAUCAAGCUGUGAGAGUGCAUCCUGUUUUAUCUGUCUUUUAUCUGGACUAUUCAAGAUACACACAGGAAACUGUUGAGCAUGAAAAACCCAGCAGAGUUGCAGUUCUUGACACAAACUGGUGCGCCAGGCACCUACUACCAUACCUCGUUCAAAGGCACUUAUGUUUUUUGUCUUGCCCAUUCACCCUCUGAAUGGCACACAUACACAAUCCAUGUCUCAAGGCUUAAACAUCCUCUUUAAUCUUUCUCCUCCCCUUCAUCUACACUGAAGUGGAUUGAACAAGUGACAUCAAUAAGGGAUCAUAGCUUUCCCCUGGAUUCACCUGGUCAGUCUGUCAGGGAAAGAGCAGGUGUUCUUAAUGUUUUGUAUACUCAGUGUAUAUCAUGAUUAUUUGUAUCAAUCGGCUGGACUUUUGUUUUGCAAACUGUCAUGACAUAUGCAGCAGCAAAGACAUCACUAGACCAGCACAUUCUUCUCUUGCAAAAUGAGCAAUUUUCAGCCCUCAAAAUGUGUAUUCUGAUGUGAUUUAAGCAUUGACAUGGAUUCCAAAAAUCCAAUUUCAUUGUUUCUCUAUGAAUAAUUGUAAUUUUGAGUGAAAAUCCCCCCCAAAAAUCCCAAACCAGGAAAAAUUAAACUGAGAAAACGGAAUUAGGAAAAUAAAGAGUGCCUAUUUGAAUGCUAGGGAAAAAAUGGAGUAGCUCGUGACAUCUUUCAUAAUUUUAAAGUAGCUCUCAUGCUAGAAAAGGUUGGAGAGACCCCUGCUCUAGUGUGUGUAUUGACUCACCCACCGCUCUCCUCUGUCAGGUAUGCGGCGCAGUUGCUGACUCCAGCCAGUCUGUUAGGCAGAGUCCAGGGGAAGGAGGGAGUAGAGCGGGAGCAGGUGGAAGAGAUCAACGAACUCUUCUACGAUGCCAAGUCCUCCGCUAAGAUCCUCCAGGACCAGCAGCACAAAUUCAUGAAAUAA